CACCGUCUCAUUACUCUCUUGAAAAUUAUGUAAGAAAAUUAAUUUGUCAGGCCACUGGCACCUGCUAGCCCCAGUUUACCCGGCAGGUAUUCAAAAUAAUUUCAGCAGAAUUUUCAUCGAGUCCCGUGAAACUGAAUCAAUAUACUCGCGCUGCCGCAACAGCCAACUGAUAGUAAAGUAGUACAUUAUACAAUCUCGUUGAAAAAAAAAUAGUCGUAACCCGACCUGUGUUGCAAUAACCGAUAACCCCGAAUCAAAAAACCAACUAGCUUCAUAAAAUUGAUGACAACCAGAUUCAUCUGUCAUGGACCAUCUUUGAGUGGAGGCAAUCCAUUUUUUGGUCAUGUUUUCCUCGAAAUUCCAGUGAGAUUUGUGCACAUAAACCCGAACACAAUUAGUGCGCUUAACAAUGAAGUGUGAUCAGGACAUUGGAAUUAAUAUUGAUGAGCCCAGAUAUGAUCAAGAAACGUACGUCGGAAGGGCGAAACAUUUCUUUCUGAUCACCAACCCACUGAACUUGUUCGUUACCGGCAGGACCUUAGAAAAUGCUAAAUGUUUGGUCACGAGAUACAGGUGCAAAGAGCCGCUGCCGCCCGGCACGACCGAAGACGACCUGUGGCGCGCCAAGACCCUCUACGACUCGGCCUUCCAUCCAGACACCGGUGAGAAGAUGAACCUGAUAGGGCGCAUGUCCGCCCAGGUGCCCAUGAACAUGAUCAUCACCGGCGGGAUGAUCACCUUCUACCGCUCUACUCCCGCUGUGGUAUUCUGGCAGUGGCUGAACCAGUCGUUCAACGCGCUGGUCAACUAUACCAACAGGAGCGGGGAUAUUCAACAAACCAACAAGCAAUUGAUAACAUCAUAUGUUUGCGCGACAGGAGGUGCUGUUGGUACAGCGCUGGGGCUGAACAGCCUCGUCAAGACGAUGCCACCAAUAAUUGGUCGUAUGGUUCCAUUGGCUGCGGUUGCAGCAGCCAACUGUAUCAAUAUUCCUAUGAUGAGAGCCCAAGAAAUUCGACUCGGUACGCCGGUGUAUGAUGAACAGAACAAUAAGUUGGGUUAUUCAAAGGUGGCAGCUCAGAGUGGAAUAGGACAAGUGAUACUCAGCAGGAUAUGCAUGGCACUUCCAGGAAUGGUGAUAACUCCCUUAGUGAUGGACUAUCUGGAAAAGAGGGGAACUCUCUGUAGAUACCCCUGGAUGACAUUGCCCGCAUCAGUUGGUAUUCUCGGUCUAACAUUAACGUUUGCUACUCCACUGGCUUGUGCAUUCUUCAAACAGAAAGCAUCUAUUCCAUUCAAGCAUUUGGAGCCAGAAUUAAGGGAGGAAAUCCAGAAGAAAUAUGAUGUACUGCCUACCACAGUGUUCUUCAACAAGGGUCUAUAAGACAUGGAUUUGAAAAAAUCACUCAAGUACCUGUCAUAAAGCUGUGUUACCCUAUUCUAUUGUAGCCUAUCAAUACACGCCAAUACCUCAUUAAUUUCGUUGAAUCUCAAAGUGAGAGUUUCUGUUAUUGAAAGAAUCAAUGAUGCGCUGUAGGUACAUAAAUAUAGGUUUAUUGCUGACAAUAAAAAGUUAUCUGAAACCAUUCCAUAUGAGUCUUCUAUGUAUUUCUGAUUGAAAAAUGUGUUUGUCCAAUAUGGUUAUCAUUCGUAGAAGAUAAUAAAAAUGAUUGUAAAAAGUAUAGAAUGAAGAUGUCAAUACUCUCUGA